AAAUAUGAACGCGUAAAAAGUAAGUCGUGAAUAAAGUAUGAACAUAAACUGUUGAACCCAUUGCUGUUAUCGACCGCAAGGACGUAUGGGAAUUGAAGUUCUAAGACGAUUAAAAAAGACGUCUCAUACAUCUUCGUCUUGCACUAUUUUUUUGUUAUAAAUGUAAAAUCGGAACUAUCACAAAUACAGGAUUUCAAUGCAACGUUUUGAGUACGUAAUCAUACGAAAUAGGACAACCUAUCUUUAUUGUCAAACCAUGUUGUCCGACAGGCUUCACAGUCGCCAUUUUGAAAAAAAAAAAGAUACAAAAAUAACUCAAAACAACCGAGCCUCGGUAUGGACGCCCAGUAUUAGGGGCAGUGCUGGUGUUUUGCCUUGCAUAUAUAGUCAAACUCAUGCUUCGUGACAACCACGUCGAUGAAAUAUAACGUCGAUAGGUCACCAUGUCGAUAAAUUCGCCAUUUUGUCCUUGUGAAACAAAGACAGGACCUUGUGGCGCCAUUUUGUAUGUUGAAGAACAAGAGGGGUGGUGCGUUUGUGACGCUUUAGACGUCACUUGUAUAAAAGGAAACCCCCCGCUUUCUAGACCAUUCCCGGAUUUGGCCAGAGAAAUGGCAGGGGGACCGAUUGAUCCCAGAGAAAUUUUAAAUGGCGUGGAGGUCCUCCUGGGGAAGGAUGGAGAACUCCGUAGUCUGGAAGGAGUUCCAAAGGUGUUCAGCCUGAUGAAGGCGUCCACCAAGAUGGUCAGUCGAUGCAUGUACUUGAACAUUCUUCUUCAGACAAAAUCCCAUGAUAUUCUCAAAAGGUUUAUUGUUGUCGGAGGCUACAAGUUACUCAACUCAUGGCUUACAUACACCAAAUCGACCAACAACACACCUCUGCUUCAGCUUAUCCUGCUCACACUGCAGAAGCUGCCACUUAAAGUUGACCACCUCAAGCAGAACAACACAGCCAAGUUGGUGAAACAGCUGAGCAAAAGUGCGGACACUGAAGACCUGAGGAAGUUGGCAUCUGUUCUGGUCGAGGGUUGGAUGGCAACAAUUCAUUCUCAGAGUGUAACGGGCAGUGGCAACUCCCCGGCUGAUAAGAAGAAGAAGAAGGAUGACCACAAAGUUCCCCUACGACCUGUUAAGAGUGGGGAUGAGGAGAAGAAAAAAGAGAAGCCUAAGGCUCAUGCACCAAGCCACACAAAGAUCCGUUCAAUCGGAUUGGAGAUGGACACUCCCAGCCCUGUUCCUGUUAAAAAGACCCCUACUGCUCCACAACUGGGUGACAAAUACAACAUCAAGCCCCCUGUGCUUAAGAGGUUAAGCUCUGGCCCAUCCGACAUGCCUCCACUAGAGAAGAAAUAUAAACCUUUGAAUAUGCCAUCCAACUCUGCUAAGGAGAUUAAAGUGAAGAUCAUUCCAGCCCAACCCAUGGAGUGCACUGGCUUCCUUGAUGCACUGAACUCUGCACCAGUUCCCGGUAUCAAGAUCAAAAAGAAGAAACCUGGUGCGCUGAGUAAUGCCAAGGCAGUCUCGCCCACCACAAACAAGGGAAGUCCAUUUGACAUCAAACAGUCUGCGUACUCCUCUUCCUCGACCAAACCAUCAUCUCCAGAAACUGGCAUGGCUGCUGCUGCUGAUGAGAACAAGGAGCCUGAGCGACCAGGAACCCCAGUGCCUAUGGACGACCAAGAGCUCUCAGACAACGGAAACAAGCCGAACGCUCUUGCGGAACCUCGUGCAGACGAUGAGCGCUUGACCAAAAAGGGAAAGAAAAAGAAGACUGUUCACUGGGCAGAGGAAGAGCAAUUGAAACAUUACUUUUACUUCGAUUUGGAUGAAACAGAAAGAGUCAACGUCAACAAGAUUAAGGACUUUGGGGAGGCGGCCAAACGUGAGCUGAUGAUGGAUCGGCAAACGUUUGAAAUGGCUAGGAGACUCUCUCAUGACACCAUGGAGGAGAGAGUUUCCUGGACUCCACCGCGGCCACUGUCACUAACGGGAAGUCUGGUGACACCUGGAGCCAACAGCACAGAGAAACUCACACAAAGAGACCGUGAGAUGGGAAUCCUGCAGGAGAUUUUCCUCAGUAAAGAAAGUGUGCCAGACAGCCCACAUGAGCCGGACCCAGAGCCUUAUGAACCCAUGCCCCCUCGUCUUAUUCCCCUCGAUGAGGACUCUUCAAUGAUGGAGGAGAACUAUGCAGAACCCAUGGACACCACAGCCCAGCAGGGUCAUAACGAGAGCUCCAAGCUGCCACCUGUACUUGCUAACUUGAUGGGCAACUUGAGCAACAGUCCCCGGUGUCCUCAGGAUGCAAACAACACCAACAUUUCUGUUCCGUCUUCAGUCAACGUGCAGGAGCUACUGUCAUCCAUCAUGGGGAGUUCAGGUAACCAAACAGCAGAAGACCUCAUCAAACAGCCCAACUUCUCAGACAAGAUCAAGCAGCUCCUUGGCUCUCUGCAGCAGACGCACAACCAGGGUGGUAUGCCUCCAGUCCACCCAGGUAUGAUGUCCCAUAAUCCUGGCAUGAACAACAUGAACAUGCAGACAGCUAUGAACGCCGGUUUCCCACCUAACGCCCCACCACCCCGCUUCAACCACCCACCACCGCCACACAACCAUGGACCACCCUUCAGUGGCGGCGCGAGGAUGAUGGGUCCACCUCCGGGCCAGGGACGUGGCGGGGAGAAUGGCAACUACUGGGGGGACGAGUCCAUGAGAGGUGGACCACACAGAGGAGGACACUUUCACAGAGGAGGCCGGGGCAGAGGAGGAGAGCAGGGCUUCAGAGGCCGAGGACGAGGAGGCCCACGAGGAGGACACAACAACAUGAAUGACAUGUCCAUGCGUCCGGUUUGUCGACACUUCAUGAUGAAGGGAAACUGCAGGUAUGAGAGCAACUGUGCGUUUUACCACCCGGGAGUAAAUGGACCACCGUUACCUCCGAACCAUCCGGCUAACAACCAGCAUCAACAGCACGGCCACUGAGUGCGCGACCAGAAAGGGUGUUGGUUCUCAUUUGGAGUUGUGUGCUGAAACGGACAGAAGAAUGGUGCUGCCUGGUGAGGGACUCAAGAGUGACUCACCAUCCCUCAUCCAUCCAUUCGGCAGAUGAAUUCCCAUUUUAGCUGUUGGGGAGAUGCUUGAUUGCAAAACGGUCAAGUUCUGCGCCUCAGCGUCACUCGUUCAUGACAAUCCAUGAGCUAGAUGUUAUGUGAAAUAACUUCUGAGGAAUCAUGACUUUGAACCUUUCCAGCAUCUGUGUUACUAUGAAUUCUUCUGCUGUGAGACAAAUCAACUUUUUUCUGUGAAAAAAUACCUUUGACAUCUCUUAUGAGACUGUAAGAAUGUACUGUUUUUUUUUUUCCUCACCCUCCUGUAUUUUUAAUUUUGAUACAUUGUGGAGAGCAGUGCUCCUUUUUUAAGAGCUUCAGCUAUUGUCAGUAAUGUUGUGUUGUGUCCAAACAGCAUACACAUGUGUAUAUGAUGGUGUUUGGACUUAUCUUUUUUUUUUGUACAAAACUGAUGAAUAAAUGAUUAAAUGUA